CUCCGACAUUCUUUUCUAGUCUGCUUCUUGGCUACGGAACGCAACUUGUGUUCGAUUUCUGUUUUCUCAUUUUAUAAACGGAUAAAAUAAUGGGUUCAGUAUCUGCAAAGUCGUUGGAAGAUGGAAGCGAUUAUAAACAUGAUCCAUUGGAAGGGUUUCCUAACGGCCGUAAACCUCGAGAAAUCAAAACAACCUUAGAAGAGAUGGAAUCGGCAAGAAUUCCAUUAGAUAAACGGGACUAUUGUGUUGAUUAUCUAAUGAAAUAUUUGGGAUGCCGAAGUGAGAAGUACCCCUGGGUUUACAGGUGCCAUCACGAAAAACAUGAGUAUCUUCACUGCCAAUAUGAAGAUUAUUUAAUUCGAAUGAAAGAAUUUGAAAGAAACCGCCGCCUGGAAGAAAGGGCUGCUAAAAACAAUCAUCAUGAACUUUUGUAAUGAAGAAGGGACAAGGAAUAGAUUUCAAUAAUAUCCAUAAUUUGCCUGAUUUCAAAUUGUAACAGGUAAACUUAGAGUGUAAAUAAAACUGAUAAAAAGCAA